UCCUGAUGAGUGCAUGUAUCCUCACAGUGGUCUGCACUAGAGAGGGAACUCCUCACGACCCCCGCUACUCCCGACGGAACCGCGCGCUGAGUGUCUUGUAGCCAUGCGGUACACAACACUGUUGACCAUCCUGGCAGCCGUGCUCCUGUAUUUGGUGUUGGGGGCUCUGGUCUUCGGCUGGCUGGAGUCGUCCAGGGAGGAAUGGGCUCACCAUGAGCUGCUGACGUCUCGAAUCACUUUCCUACAGAACCACAGCUGCGUCACCCCUUACAGUCUGAGAGCGUUCACAGAGAAAGUGGUUGAUGCCAUUGAAGCAGGUGUAGAUGCCAGAAGCACAUUAAAUUAUACCAGCAGAUGGGAUCCAUCCAAUGCUUUUUUCUUCUGCGGUACCAUCAUCACUACUAUCGGCUUUGGAAAUGUUUCGCCCAAGACAAAAGGCGGUCAGUUGUUCUGUAUUUUUUAUGCUCUGGUGGGGAUCCCCAUGUUUGGGAUACUGUUAGCAGGGGUUGGAGACCACCUGGGCACCCUCCUGAGGAGAGCAGUGGCAAAGAUAGAGCCUCUGUUCUUGCGUAAGGGUGUGAAGCCCACCAGUGUCCGUGUCAUCUCCGCGGUCUUCUCCAUCCUGAUUGGCUGCAUAGUCUUCAUCGCCGUGCCGACCAUGGUGUUUCAGGAAGUGGAGAGCUGGAGCCUGUUGGAAGCCGUGUACUUUGUCGUGAUCACCCUGACCACUGUGGGCUUCGGGGACUAUGUGGCAGAGAAUAGGAGAGAUGGCACGCCCCUGUACAAGCCGUUGGUGUGGCUGUGGAUAGUGUUUGGUCUGGCGUAUUUCGCAUCUAUCCUCACUAUGGUUGGGAACUGGCUUAGAGUGCUGUCAAAGAAAACACGUGCAGAGAUGGAGGAGCUGAGAGCCCAUGCAACAGACUGGACUCAGAACAUCCAGAACAUGUCCAUGGACUUCCGUAUUCCCGUGCCACUGGAUCUCAAUGACCCCUUUCAGCUCCAGCGGCGACGUAGACGGAAGCGUCACCGCCGUCAUCGCCGCCCAAGAUUGGCUCAUGGGAUCUCCCUCGAUGCAGAUGUCAUCCGAGAGAACGGACACCUGAUUCUCGGAUGGCCUGUGUGCAAGUACACCCCAGGGUCUGAUAUCAGGUCUGAAGCACUGUCCCGGUCCAGGUCGUGGUGUAGGUUAGAUGAGGCGUAUGAGGUGAGACCAGGAUCGAGGCAGACAGUAGGACCAGCGUCAAGAUCCGUCUCAAGAUUAGAGCUGAAUCCACCAUCAAGACCCGUAUCCAGAGCCAUUUCCAGGUCCCCUUCAGAAUCUGGAACGGGAUCCGAGACACCUUCGGAAUCCUGGUCGGAAUAUGAAAAUGAAUCAAAUUCCCGUAACUCAGCGGACGUGGAGUCUAGAGCUGAAGGGUCUCUUAGAUCAGAGAGUCGGAGGGAUGUUCCUGUCGUCGUGGUUGACAGUUGCAGUCCACCUCGUCCCUCUCUUCUGGACUUCUUUGGUGAGAACCUGGCAUACAUCGACGAGUCCUCGGACACUCUUAGUGAUCGGGUCAAACCUGCUGGACAGAACCGCCAACGCAAAGCCAAGAGAAGGAACAUGACGAGACAGAUUCCCCACUCGUAUCCUGUAGGACUCCAGAGGGAGAUCACUAGUGAACUACAACCUCCAUCACACCCUCCAACACCUCCACCUCAAACCUGAUGAAUAAACAUCUGACCGAAGGCCGGUUAGCUUUCAGCUUCACAGAGCGACUGAUGCAGACCAUCACAAAUAUGUGUGCAAAUAUAGUUUCAAUUUAAAUGGUUUGUGCAUUGUACAAAAACAGUUCAUGCCUCCCAGACAAAGAUAAAGUGGUGUUGUUCAGAAUAGCAUACUACCUUUUCUGCAGAAUGUACUUUUGUCAAAAGUUUGGGGUGACUUUUUAAGUUUUUUUUUUUUUUAAGUGUACAAUGCUGCAUUUAUUUGAUCAAAAAUACUCUAAAAACAA